GCGUGAAACCAUUACGUCACAUGCAGAGGUGGCACGUCUUUGUCUGCCCCCCCCCCCGCUCCCUUCCAAUCUUUCUGCCUUUGUUUGGGUCGCAGCGGAUUUUUGUUGCGCACACCCGGAAGUAAACAAGCGUUGUGCUGCACGUAGUGCUGAUCAUCGUGUCGAAGUGUCAAGUGUCGCCGUCAGGUCGGAUUACCUCCACGAUGGACAAGCCUGGCCACUGCACAUUCCGCCCGCUCUAAAUAUAUCUAUUAAGGGCACAGGAGGAAGGGAGGAAAGUGGGGGGAGGGGGUUAUUUUGAGCCAGUUUCAACGUUGCAUGUCGGUCGGAGAAGAGGUCCCAAACAUGCCCGGAACCAGCGCGAGACCCAAGGCUCGGGAGCGGAACAGUGUACUGAACAGACCCGAGUUCAUGUCGCUCAAUCAGCCGCUAAGAGGUGGGGGACCCCCGGAGAACCGAGGCGGCGGCGGAGCGGCCGGAUUGAGGCGCUCCAGCUCCAUCCGCAGCCAGGCGAGCCCGCAGGCGAGCGAGGAAGCCGGCGAGCCGGGCCAGCAGCGGCCGCCCGAGGAGGACUGCAUGCAGCUCAACCCGUCGUUCAAGGGCAUCGCCAAGAGCUCGCUGCUCGCCAUCGACAUCUGCCUGUCCAAGCGCAUGAGCGUGUGCGCGUACGCGUGGUCGUCGUGGGGGGGCUGCCGCUCCAUGUUCAACCUGCUGGCGCUCACCGGCCACGGCCUCACCUGGAUCGUCGGCACCGUCGUGUGCCUCACGCGCAGCAACACUCUGGCCGGGCAGGAGGUGCUCGUCAACCUGCUGCUGGCGCUGAUCGUGGACGUACUUACGGUGGCGGGCGUGCAGCGCCUGGUGAAGCGCAAAGGUCCGUGGGAGAUGUCGCCGGGCUUCCUGGACCGCGUGGCCAUGGACGCGUACGCCUUCCCGGCGGCCCACGCCAGCCGCGCCGCCAUGGUAUCCAAGUUCCUGCUGUCUCACCUGGUCCUGGCCGUGCCGCUGCGCAUCCUGCUGGUGUUGUGGGCCGUCCUGGUCGGGGUGUCGCGCGUGCUGCUGGGCAGGCACCAUCUGACGGACGUGCUGUGCGGCUUCGCCCUGGGCCUCUUCCACUUCGGCCUGAUGGAGACGGUGUGGCUGUCGUCCAACACGUGCCAGACUCUCAUCUCCAUCGGGACUCUCAGCUGGAGCCCCUUCUCCUGACUGGGCUUCUACGCUAAGACUUCACCAGUCUGAGUUGUCACAUUCUCAAUGCAGGUUUGCAUGAAAGGCCUUAAACAUACACGUACUGUUGCUUUCGUUUCAUACAUGAUAUUUUUUUUUAUUGACCCUCUAAAGCAGUGUUCCCCAAAUGUAGUUUUUUUAGAUUAGAAACAUCUCACGGCACACCAUCAAACAAAAAUGUCACAAAAAGAAAAAAGUGUUCUCCUGCUUUUUGCAGGAGAUAGGGAGCGAGCCCUGCCACAAAUAGCAAAAAUCCACAAGUAAUUUAUGCACCCCCCAAAUAAGCUUUAGAAUUGGCUGGAGAUCCCACAAGAUGGGGGCAAAGCACAACUUUUGUCUAAAUGAAAUUCCUCAACUCACUACAACAUAGUUCCUUGGCCCCAAGAUGCCACAAAAUGGCAGCAAAAAAUACUUGUGUCUAAAUAAUGAAGCUACCCAACUCACUUCCACAUAGUUCCUGGGCAACAAGAUGGCAGCAAAACACUACUUUUGUCUAAAUAAUGAAGCUCCACAACUCACUUCAACAUAGAAUAUUGGCACCACGAGGUCACAAGAUGGCAACAACAAACUAUUUUCGCUUAAAAGAAAUUAAGCUACUCAACUUACUUCAACAUAGGUCCUUGGCACCAAGAUGGCAGAUUUUUUUUUUUACUUUUGUCGGAAAAAUAAAGCCGCUCAUUCGUUUCAACAUACUGUAGUUCUUUGGCUCCAAAAUGUCACAAGAUGGCGCCAAAGCAAUGCUUUCGUUGCUGAGCUGAGUUAUUCAGCGAAUAAUGGAGGUUAGGUUCCACGAUCUGCGAAUAGGUGAAUUUGCAAUAAAGGGUGUGUGUAAAAAAAUUAUAUAUAUUUUUGCAAGCAUAAAAUGUAUAGAAAAUACUGUACGUAUUGGUGUGUCUGUGUGUUAGAUAUGUGCCUUUAAGAAGUGUGACGCUGGGGAGUCCGCGUGAGUCUCGGGGCGUAAGUAGUGGCCGACAGCAGCUCCUGCGUGAGUGUGCUCGUGUCUGUAUGCGUUCAUUGUUCUCCUGGCGUGGCAACGACGACUUUCCGAUAUGCGAGGCCAUGGCACUAAGUAUACUGUAAAAACCCAUUAAAAUGCAUGAAGUGAAAUUGGAUAAUUUCCCACAGGUCUCUCAUGGCCGGUGGUUGGGAGUCACUGCGCGAAAGUAUACUUUUUAUUGUUAUUAUUAUCAUUAUAUUUUUUAAAUAGCAAUCUACCACUUUAUUUGUAUGACAAGUUCAACUUUACAAAGGAGUGUAACCUAAAGGAGUGAGCUACAAUGAAAAGAAUAACAAAAAUACCAAAAUACUUUACUUACAUACAUACUGAUAUAAUGUCUUUAUUCUCGUAAUAUUAAGACUUAUUUUGCUCAUAAUUUAAAUUUAUUCUCGUAAUAUUAUGACUUUCUUUAUACAGUACAAUUGCUCAAGGAAAAUCCUUUUUUCUUUCCUAAUAUUAGUGUUUGUGAUAAAAGUUAUAACUUUUUGUUCUAAGAAAAAGUGCUUUAACCCUCUGAUGCAUGAAUUAUGAAAGCCUUGGUCAAGAUCUUUUUCUGAAGUGUUUUUAAAUUCUGCUCAGGACAUGAAAAACAUGUUCAACUUUUUUUCAUUUUUUCAAAAAAUCUGAUUUUUUUUGUCCAAUACAGUGGACUACAGGACCAAAGGACCGCUAUGCACCAGAGGAUUAAAAUCUCUUUUGCCAUUCAUUUAGCGUUUUCUUUAUUUUCAUUCAUGUUCCUCCAAUAAAGUCCUUAUUUGGCCAUUGUGGUCAUUUACUAAAGGGCUGAGCUGUUCAUUUUAAAACCAAGUUCCACAAUUGGUGUGCCAGAGUGCAUGUUAGCAGAAAAUAUAUAUUUUAAAACAAUAUUUCUGUCUUCGAUAUCCACCUGCUGUUUUUACGACUUGCUGUAGCAAACUACCUGAAAUGGUGAUGUUUAUACAUGGGCAAGGUUUAUUCUGUACAGGUAUGAUGUGUUUUUACUGUGUUUUUGUUUUUUUUUAC